UUAUCAGUGUUUGUAUAAAUAUUAUACAAUUAACAAAAUAUAAUGAGCUUUAAUUUUAUCAAAGUAACUAUUAUAAAGCGAUCUAAGAUACAAAACAUUAUUGUUUCGGAAUUGAAUCUUCUGAACAGGCUAGUCUAGACCAGUCACCAGUCAAGCAUGUCAUACAGUGCAUUUUACUUGUAUCUUCGUAUAUAAUGGGAAAUAUAUUAGGAUUUCAAAAAUAAAGUAUAUAAUAUACAGAGCUUGUAUUCAUCGUAAAAUAUUGUUUGGAAAACAAAAUAAUACGAAACUAUAUACGUUUUCAAAGACCUAAAGAAAGAUUAAAGAAAGAAAGCACAUUCUUCAGUUGAUUGCAUGUCUAUCGUGAAUCGUGACUCUUGCAACUUUUUUCAGGUACCUACAAUUUUCCCGAAGAGUGCGGUAUAUUGAGUACAACGUGCAAGCAACGUUCUCAUGUAACACUUGAUUUGUGUUAUACUUGGUUUAUCAGUAGUGGAUUUAUAGUGCUUCAGGCUUCGGGUUAACAAUAAGAAUGACAUAUACCAUGCAAAAGACUUGUGGUAACAAUCGGAUAAAAAGUGUUGAUCGUGAUCGUGGGUAGCAGCCGGUAAAGAAAUGGCAAUUUCUAGCUGGAUGAUCUGGGGUAGGAGUCUUCGUACGAGCAGAUCUCAUCGAAGCCGUCAAGAGAGUGAAGACAGCUGCGUGCAACUCGAUCUGUCAAGAGGAUUGAAAGAAAAUGUGAAAGAAGUUUUGACCAAUCUUUAUCAACGGGAAAAUGUUCCAAGUAUAAAAAAAUUAGCCUAUCUUAAUGCCAUUGUUAAAUUAAUUAGCGAAAAUGAUUCACCAGAUUAUGGGUAUUCCAUUAGUGAUGUAUUUUGCUGCUUGCGGGUGGGACUUGUACACGAAGCAACACAAGUUCGUGCAGCUGCACUACGAGCUGUACGAUACAUGCUCAAAAAAGAACAAGAUGUUGUUGCAAUUAAUAAAUUACAAUAUCCAUAUUUUGUGGCUAGAAGUAUGGAUGUUAAUUUACGAAAUGAAAUGGAGAGGAUGCAGGCUCUUAGACUUGUUAGAAGAAUUUUAGUAUUAGCUCCAAAACAUUUUAGUCCUAUUUUAGCAAGAUCUUUAAUAAGUCUAACAAAUGGAGGAGUUGAAGAAAAAGAUGGAGCAUUUCGAGCAUUUUUAGCAACUCUUUGUGAAUUAGGUGUUUUAAAUUCAAAUUUGUUAAUCAGUUGUGGAGGAAUUAGUGCCCUAGCAAGAGCUGCCAUGACUGGACAAAGUCCUACUAUAAUUGAAUCUGUUGUGGGAGUUUUAUUGAAAUUAUUAAAUACUCCUGAUACUAGGAGUAGUGUUUCUCUUAUGUGUUUUGCAGCUCCCUAUUGUGAGCUCCAUUCUGCAAGUAUAAAUAGAACAAAAGAAGAACGAGAAAGAUUUGCAGCAAGCAAGUUAGCAUUACUAAGUAUAUUAAGAUCCUAUUCUGGAGUUUUACACUUUUGCCGACCUGAUGACAAUUCUGGAUUGAAAGCUAUAGCAGAUGUGUUAUAUGUUGAGCAACUCGAAGUAAGAGGUGCUGUUUUAGAAUUACUUUAUGAGUUGUUGGAUUUACCUUUGCCUACUUGGACAGAUGAACCUGACGUUGCUCUAGCAGCAGUAGAUCCCAGCAGAGCUCGUGAUUCUUGGAAAUUGUCAGAAGGCUUUGUUGCAGCUGAAGGAAAAUAUAUUCUACCAUCCUUAUCAUCACAUUGUCCAAAUAUUACAGAAAUACAUUUAGCAUUAUUGGUAUAUGCUUUACUAGAAUGCGGUCUACAUCGUGCUCUAGCAGAGACUAUUGUUUCCACUGAUACUUUUAUUUCUGUACGUGCAGCUGUUUUGCUAGGUGCACUACUGCAUCUUGCACAUUCUCUUUUGCCUUCUGAAGUAUGUGAUCUUACUCCUCCUUUACCGAAUUUAUUAGAGCAUGCAAGUGCUGGAAAGCAUCAAGCUUUAGCAGCUGUUGCAAUUUUGGAACGAAUGCACACUAUGAUGCGACGAAGACCGGCACCAGCAAGUCUAUUUCUCGAUAAAAUUUUGCAAGCUGGUACGUGGUUAAGACCAACAUUACCAAGGCGUCAACGAACAUCCAGUAGACAUUGGUUACGUCGAGAAUCACCGACUACACCUCUUUUGAAAGAUGCGCAAGUACUCAGCUCUAAGGAUGCUCUUGCUUGGAAUUGGCCGGUAGUACGAUCUAUAUUACGUUCACGGGAUGAUAUUGCGCGAAUACUCCAUGAUUCUGAUCACAGGUUAUUUAUGAAAAGACUUGUACGUUACUUUAAACCAUGUUCCAAUGGCUACAGUAGAGUGGAGUUAGCAACAAAUGCUAAUUUAGCACGAGAAGCAACACUAGCUGGUUGUGAUUUAUUGAAUUGUUUAUUGGAAAUUCCUGAACCUGAGAGUACAAAAUUAUUAUUUGAAUUAAUCGAGGAUGUUGAUGAGCAAAUCUCCAGUAUUCGAACAGCUCAAUCUGCUCACGAAUGUUUAUUUUCACCUCGUCAUAUGUCUACUACUUGUUGUCAAAAAUAUUUUCUAUUUCUUGGACAACUGAGCCAUUCAGCAAAGGGAACUAGGAUUUUAAAAGAAUUUCAAUUAUUAGGAAAACUGCAAGAUUUGGCUUUAGCUACUAAUCACGACUGUUACGUUAAACUUAUAAUAUCAAGCUUAGAUUAUUCUAGAGAUGGACCUAAUAGAAAAGUAUUGACUAAGAUUAUUACAGAAGCUACAUUAGACAGUACACGUCUAUAUGCGACACAGUUCCUCCGAUUGAUACUCAGAGCCAGAAUGGCUGAUGCCUAUCGUUGGGCAAUAACAUUAUUGUCAGAACGGUUGUCAGAUUUCAAUAAAACUAUAGCACUAACUGCAUUAGAGGCAUUACACGAAGCCUGCGACGAACCAGAAUAUUUAGAAGCUUUAUUGCAACAAGGCGGACAAUUUCGGGAUUGGGAUAAAUGGCUGGAAGAAUUAGGCGAUAAAGGUUACUUGCUGAAAAUUCGACUAUACUCUCUACAUCAGGGUUUCACAACACUUUCGUCUCCUGCAGAGGAAUUAGAAAAAUGGAUAAGUCCAGGAGGUUUUGCAGAGAGAUAUGUUGGUUUAAUAGAGGGAGAAAUACAUGAUGCUUUAACUCGUCGUCAAAGAAACGAAACAGGAAGUUAUCAUAGAAGAACAAGUAACGUUCCCAUGACACCACAGAAUAUUUUUAUCCUACCACAUUUAAUAGGUCAAUUGGUGCAACACGAUUUAGGUAUGCAGCUGUUAUUACGUCGAAAUGUAAUACAACGUUUUACCCGUGUUGUUCAAAGAUUUAGACUAGAAUUUGGUAACAGAGAUUCGGAAUCAAACUCAAGAUGUACUAAGACUAAUCGUUCUGUGAUUGAUGAUGCUUGCGCUAUGUCUGAAGAAUCUGGUACAGAUGAAACAGUAGAAUCAAAUAGAUUAGAGACAAUAAUGGAUUCAGAAACUGUGGAAAGCGUGGAUAUAAGUUAUCCGCAAAAAGUUGACUCUCUAGAAGUAGAUAUUCGACGAAAAACAAGUCUAGAUGAUUCCAGACGAACUACCUUAGAAAGAAAUUGGAGGUUAGAGCCUGAAUCUCGAGAUGAUCAAACGAGCUUAAGUAAAAGAAUUUUAAAAGUAAAGUCCGCGCUAUGGGCGCUUGGUCACAUGGGAACCUCAGCAGCAGGAGUAGAACAAUUAAAUCAUGCAGGCAUUAUAGAAUUGUUAACUUCCAUAGCGGAAACGUGUUCAUAUUAUAUAGUACGAGCAACAGCCAUGUAUGCUCUUAGUUUGAUUGCUACAACUCGUGCAGGUGCAGAUGCACUGUCGACAUUUGACUGGCCAUGUGUUAGACACAGACGUGGAGACCAUUGGCCAGUUGUUCCUCCUACGAACAGAUAUCCAGCUCCGAGCCCGAUUCCUAUACAACGACAUCAUCGGAGUCUCAGUGAUGGUAAGCCCGAAUUACCUGAACCAGUUGCUCGAAGAACUAGAAAUCGAUCUGAAAGUGCAGCUACGGAUCUCGAAGCCAGACGCUAUGCGUUACCAGAAAGAGGAGAGACACCAAGUCCUGUUUCAAGUAUUCAAAGAUUAAGCCAACAAGAUGCUGAGGGGUAUGCAAGACUUCGUAGUUUACAACGUCAUCGGAGACCUAGUUAUUCUCAAAGUAGCUUAGAGAUGUAUAGUUUAGACGGUCGGCUUUCGUUACAAAGUUUAUCCGAAUUUGAUUCAUCUCGCAACUGGAUUGCGGAACAAGUACUCACUCCAACACCUCCACCUCCUGAUGAUAAUCAUGAUAAUUUAUCGUACAUGGGUAUUGCGCUUCCAAAGAGACUUAUAACUAUAUUUCCGGAACCACCACAGUUGUCGGUUCCAGCUAUAACACUGGAUGAUGCUCCUAAGUCAGAUGUAGAAACGACCGAAGUAGAUGAGGAAUCUUGUUCAGAAUGUGAUGUAGAUGCAGAACAUUAUCGUAUAUGUUUAGUAUGUUCUCAUGGUAAAAGUAGCAGCAAAGAUAUGAUUCCAGAAAAAGACUUAAAGUUACAGAGGAAAAUACUUAGGCAUGCACAGCGAUUGGCAAACCCUGUAUGGUAUCGUAAUAGUCGACAAACCUUGCUUAGAUUAAGACAGUUACACUCAGAAAGGUUUCAGGAUAUUUGUUUAUUUUCGGAUGUAGCUGCUCGUUUAGGUAGUAAUACAUAUAGGAUGCAAGCUCGGCGAUUUUUACAAGAAUUAUUUCUAGAUUCUACAUUCGAAGCACUUUAUGUAGAAGCAGCUAAUGUUUUAAAACUAAACGAUGGCAAUGGUGAUAAAUCCUUGCAAUCUCCCAUUUCCACGGCGCUUGAACCCGACUCCCGUGUGCCUUCCGAAAGUAAGGUCAAUGGAAGACUUACUUUUUCUGAGAUUCAAGUAGCACAGCUAGAUGCUGUUGCUGAAGAGGCGGGAGGUGAUUCCUGUGUGACUCAACAAUGCAAUAAACCACAAGAGCUUCUGCGCAAACCAGAACGGAGAAGCGACGAAAAGAUAAUUGCCGAAAUUUUAAAACCAGAAGAAAGAAUACGUUUAUCAAAGAGUUCUGAUAGAUUAUUAAAAGUAUCAGGUACAAACACUGCCAUCAGUCUUGAUUAGUAGUCACCAACUUUCAAACAGUUGUAAAUAUUUUGUAUUAAAGUAAUUACAAAAUAUGAAAUAAAUUACACUGCCAAAA